CUUCAUUUAAUUUCAUUUAAUUUCACACACGUGGCUUUAUGAUAUCCGUGGCUAAAUUCCUAAUAGAAUCCGAUAGACUGUCACACUUCCAGAUAAGCGUUUACUCUUUGGCUACAUUAUGUAGUGUCCUAUCCACAUGGGACUGUUCAACAGCUACUCAUAAAAGAACGCACCAUAUGUGGUGUGAGUUUUGCCUCCGCCCCGAAACAGACAGGUGUAGUCAGAGGAUUAAAUGAGCCGUUUCUCAGGAUGAUGGAGUGGAGUCAGUCGUCACAAGGACAGCGUGAUGCUUUCAUCUGGUUCACAGAGUCCCAGCUCCGGCUUGUGAUCAGGAACGGGAUCGUCCCUGAAUGGUUUCAUGGGAUCAUUUCCAGGAAGAUGGCAGAGGAACUGCUGAUGACCAAGCCUCCUGGCUACUUCCUCAUUAGAGUCAGUGAGAGCAGGAUUGGCUACACUCUCUCAUACCGCGCUGAGGACCGCUGCCGACAUUUCAUGAUCGAUGCAUUGGAGGACGGCCAUUACGUCAUAGUAGGGGAGAACAGGCGCCACCGGCUUCUGCAGGACCUGGUGGACUUUCACCGUAGGACUCCCAUUGUGCCUUUCACUGAGGUGCUGACUGUCGCUUGUGGACAGACCUCGAAAGACAAGACUGACUAUGCAGAUCUGCUGUUUACCCAAAGACAUCUAAACCCUAAGACAAGUGUGCUACCAAACAACUCACUGCAUCCCAGCAUGAGCCACCAAACAUCACAAGAGGAUAUCCCACCUGCCCUUCCUUAUCGACCAAAUAACCUGAGGAACUCUCCAGUCCCGUCUUCAAACAAACUUUACCCAAGUUUGGAAGAAGAAUUUCCACGUGUCACUUCCCCUCUUCCAGCCAUGCCUGUGACCAGAAAGAGAUACACCGGCGACAACCCUCCAUCCAACCAGCCUCCGGAGGUUCCUGAUCGGAGCUCUGUCCCUCCACUGAAGCAGAACCAGGCUUGUAUCAGAACAGUAUCUGCACCUGAGAGCCCCCCAACACCUACAGCUACUGGACACCCCAGCAGCACCAACAUCCAGUCUGUAAAGAACCAGGAAGCAAAGCCAUCAGUCAUUUCCAACCUCAAGAAGAAAUUCCAAAAGAAGAGAAGCAUAUCACACGAGAAUAUGUACGCAGAGAUAAAUGUGGCGGAGAAUGAGUACCACGAGAUCACAGGGCAGCAGACCUUCAAAGCUCCACCAUUUCCCCACACUUGCACUGAGCUGACACUGACUGAUGGAUGGGUACCUGACGAGUACCUUCCUCCUCCAUCUUUUGCUCCAGGCUACUGAAACACAACUGCUCCCUUAGAAAAAAGAAUGUAAAGAUGGAUCAAACCCUAAGUGGAGAAUAAAUGAGCGGUAGUCCGCACAUUGAUUAUUGACAAAGUUACAAAAGUUUGAUAGUGCAUCGUUUCAACCUUCUAACCACUGACAAUACAGAUAAACAUUGUUACAUAAAGAGAAGUAAUGCAACAAAUGUACUCUAUACAGUGUAUGCAUCUCGUUGAAGCUAAUUACAAGCCUCUUCCCUGGCCCAUGAAUGAAAAUUAUGAAUAGGUAGCAGGAGGAAGUUUGAUGCAGUGUAUGUAAAUGAGAAAUGGCAUGGUUUAUGUCAGCUGCUUUGAAUACAGUAGACUGAUACUGUAGCAUCAGAUGCGGGUCUGUUAUCAGCAACAUGAUAAGGAAGAUGGAUGCAGACACUGGUCAAACUCGUUUGACAAUUAGAAACAUACAGGUGAGACAAAAUUGACCUUUACAUGGUGUCUGGACAUGGAAGGGCUAAACACAUUUCAUUUUUACUGCAGAUGGCUUUGUCAGACCCUUGUUAUUAUUAUUAUGAAGCAUCUGUGUGAUCUCAAGAA